GAGCACCGGGACAGAAAGAUGCUGGUUCCUCUUCACUGACCGUCUGCUGGUCCUCAUGGGCUGUACACGCAACCCCAAAACGACACAACACUCGUGUUCUUAUCGAUCACGAGUUUAAGAAAGGAGAUCCUUUUGUGCCUUUUAGUCGCCCACGUGGGAGAAAGUGGAUCCGUAUUUGAGGAGUGUCAGUGGAGCAGGCCUGUGCGGGACGGUUGGAGGAAGACUUUAAAGAAGAUGAGGAAGAGCCGGAGCGUUCUUACUGUGUCACCCAAUGAGCUCCAGGACAGCAAGGAGCCUCCAGACUGCAGACUUAGUGAAUCUUUCACGUCUUCAGGUUGCACAUUAGGGUUGGACCUACGCCGGAGGUGUCGUCGUUUGUCUGGUAACCUGCAGUUGCCUCCUUUGUCAUGGAGGCAGAUGGAGAGAUCACGCAGUCCAGAUGAAGAGUUCAUAGCGAGACCGACCACCCUGCCCUUCAUCACCCCUCGCAUUGACAUCACACCUGUGGACUCUGAUUGUUUUGAUGUGGAAAAUGGGCCAUCGGUUAGCUGUAGUCCUUUGGACCCCCAGGCCUCCCCGGGUUCUGGUCUGGUUCUGCACCCAAACUUUCCCGGCCACAACCAGCGACGAGAGUCCUUCCUUUACCGGUCGGACAGUGACUAUGACCUCUCACCAAAGUCUAUGUCUCGAAAUUCUUCUGUCGCCUCAGAACUGCAUGGGGACGACCUGAUAGUCACACCUUUUGCUCAGGUUCUCGCAAGCCUUCGAAGUGUGAGAAACAAUUUUACUGUCUUGACCAAUGUUCAGUGCUCAUCUAACAAGAGAUCCCCUGUAUCCAACCAGCCCCCCAUCACCAGAGUGUGCCUACCUGACGAGUCCUACCAGAAGCUGGCGGUGGAGACCAUGGAGGAGUUGGACUGGUGUCUGGAUCAGCUGGAAACCAUCCAGACGUACCGCUCGGUCAGCGACAUGGCCUCCAACAAGUUCAAGAGAAUGUUGAACAGGGAGCUGACGCACCUCUCUGAGAUGAGCAGAUCUGGCAACCAGGUGUCGGAGUUCAUCUCCAAUACCUUUCUAGACAAACAGAAUGAUGUGGAGAUUCCCUCGCCCACACCGAAAGCCAGAGAAAAGAAGAAAAAACAGUUGAUGACUCAGAUCAGUGGAGUGAAGAAGGUGUCCCACGGGCCGACCCUCAACUGCGGCAUCGCUCGCUUUGGCGUCAAAACCGACAAGGAGGAUUUACUGUCAAAGGAAUUAGAAGAUCUGAACAAAUGGGGCCUGAAUAUCUUUACAGUUUCCGAGUUUUCAAACAACCGGCCUCUCACCUGCAUUAUGUAUGCAAUCUUCCAAGAAAGAGAUUUGCUCAAAACAUUUAAGAUCCCGGCUGAUACAUUUGUGACGUAUAUGAUGACCUUGGAGGAACACUAUCACCAAGAUGUGGCCUAUCAUAACAGCCUUCACGCUGCCGAUGUGGCCCAGUCAACUCACAUUCUGCUCUCCACCCCUGCAUUGGAUGCUGUCUUCACCGAUCUUGAGAUCCUGGCUGCCAUCUUUGCCGCAGCGAUCCAUGAUGUAGACCAUCCUGGUGUUUCUAACCAAUUCCUCAUUAAUACAAACUCCGAAUUGGCGCUUAUGUAUAACGAUGAGUCGGUUUUGGAGAACCACCAUCUAGCUGUCGGCUUUAAACUUCUGCAGGAGGACAACUGCGACAUGUUCCAGAACCUGACUAAGAAACAGAGACAGUCGCUUCGAAAGAUGGUCAUCGACAUGGUACUGGCCACAGACAUGUCUAAGCACAUGAGCUUACUGGCUGAUCUGAAGACGAUGGUAGAGACGAAGAAAGUGACAAGUUCGGGAGUGCUGCUUCUGGACAACUACACGGAUAGGAUACAGGUUUUGCGAAACAUGGUUCAUUGUGCAGAUCUGAGCAAUCCCACAAAGUCUCUGGAAUUGUACCGCCAAUGGACCGACCGAAUUAUGGACGAGUUCUUUCACCAGGGCGAUCGAGAGCGAGAACGUGGCAUGGAGAUUAGUCCCAUGUGUGACAAACACACUGCUUCAGUGGAGAAGUCACAGGUGGGUUUUAUCGACUACAUCGUUCACCCGCUGUGGGAGACCUGGGCUGACUUGGUGCAUCCGGACGCCCAGGAUAUCCUGGACACGUUGGAGGAUAAUCGGAACUGGUACCAGAGCAUGAUCCCUCAGAGCCCGUCCCCACCCUUCUACCAGGCCGACAAAGAGGGCAACGGCGGGGGUUCGGGGCCGGACAAGUUUCAAUUCGAGUUAACGUUAGAGGAAGAGGACUCAGAGGGCACAGAAAAGGACGAGCAGAGCCAGGGAGACGAGGAAGACGAAGAUAGGGAAGAGGACAUGGAGUCGUCCACCACACACAUCCAAAUAGUUACGGAAGACGCCUCCCCGGUGGACACAUAGGACCCUAUUGUGCGUUUCUAGACGGUAGCUGUUUUUCCCUUGCGAGAGGAGCAAUCUUGCAGUUGAUGCUUUUUCGAAAAGCCCACAUGGGGUGCUUUUUCGAGCCCUCGUGGGAGGAGGAUGUUUUUCCCUCCUUGCACUUACGUUUGGAGAUGGUUUGGUAGGAGCUCUCAGGAAAUAAAUGCUGCAGACAUUUUGGACCUGAACGAUGGACAGGCGACUUUGUUCAACAUGAAGGAUUGGGGCCAACGUGGACAGUUUGUUCGUUUACCAGGCGUUAAAGAGUAAACACUACUGAGAGGAUUCGUUUUAUUUUGUACCGACACAAGACUUUUUUUAGUAAAGCUAUUUGAUGUUGCGGUUAAAUACGAACUACUGAAGAACAAGACUAUUUGUAAAUGAAAGAGAAACUGUUUACUUUUCUGUACCAUUUGUCUAAAGACUGUGUGCCUUUUUACUAUUGUCUUUUUAAAUAGUCUUUUAUUUAUUGAACUCGUUUUAGUAUGUCGAAACGUUUUUGUUUUCUAAAAACAAAACAUGCAGAAUUGUUUUAUACCUAAGCUGGAGAGAGAACUUAGUGUCUUCCUUUGUUUGGCAAUAUAUACUUAAUAAUCCAAACAUCUGACGUAGAUCAGAAAACAAAGACGUGUGUAUCAUAACGAAAGAGGCACUUUCUUGUUCAUCCUAUACAUUUUUGUCCGACGUUUUUUAAAUAUGAGCACAAACUCUAUAGUAAAUAAUUAUACAUCAUACCAUUCAUAUUAAGGUGAGACCCCCCAAAAAAUAUAAUAAUAAGCCAAAGGUAUAUUCACUCAAAUGUUAGGUCGCUUUUACUUCAUCAUAACUUAUAGUCUUCCUUACUUCAAUAACACCGGGGCAGAAAGACAGACAAUUUCAAAACUAGCUUCAUUACAAAACAUUUGAGGAACUUGAAUUCCCCCCCCCAAAAAAAAACUUAAAUGCAAAUUGAAUUUUUAUCCCACCUUAAGCUAUUUAGAUCUGACGACCUUAAUGAAGUUCAACCUAAUGGGGCAGUUUCCCGGACAGGGUUUAAAUGAAUCCAGGCUUAAGUUAUAUAAGGACAUUUAAGUAGUUUAUACAAACAAUACUAGUAUGCAUCUUGAGACAAAACAUUGGCACUGAUAUAUAUUACAGAUUACAGAUGUUUUUGAAUGAAGGCAGCUCAAACAUGCGUUGGGACUUGGAUAAACCCUGUCGAGAAACCGGCCCAAUAUGUGAUAAAGAACAGUCUGUCACAAACACAUUGGUUAGAUUGAAUCAUGUAAUGCCAGUUUAGUAAUGACAUAGCAUUCGUACGUCUCAUGCAUUAGUCAGUGUUCACGCUUUAAGGUACUUUACCUUAGGCUCAAAGUCUCACAGUUAAUGGCCAAAGUAGCAUGCAAAAGUAUGUUUGUGCGCACAUCUAUACAUGUCACAUAAUUGUGUUUGUGUGUGCGUGAGCGUUAUGACGCUCCUCGAUCACCAGCCCACGCUUUCACAACCCUUUCCAUUCGUUUAUAUGCGCUCAAAUCGGUCCUUUACUGUUUAUAACAGUGUAUUUAUUACUGUCGAGUCUGUACAUAAGAAAAUAAUGUUUCUUUGUAAAUGGAUUAAUUUAUAUGCACUUGCAUUACCGAACAUUGGUGGUGUUUUUUGUGUAGUGGGCUCUUGGACUGAGUCUGUUUUAUUUAGUAAUAUUGUUUAUGUUUUAAUAUAAAUAAAUAUAUAUAUAUUAUAUAUACUAUGUAUGAAUAUAUUGCACAAUUUUCAACUGCCCAGAACAGUAGCCUAUGAGACACGAGACCCAUUGGUAACGGGGAAAGUCUGUAGAUAAGACAUGAAUACAUACUGUAGACACCUGUCAGAUAUUAGAAGCUUUGUGUAUCACUGUUUGAUGUGACAUCGAUAAUAAUCAAUAUCUCACAGAAUGUGGCCCUCGAAUAUAUAUAUAUAUAAACAACAUUUUGAAUGGAGAUUUUGCUAAAAUGAGCUCAGACGGUUUGUUCUGUGUGUAACAUUACAGGGAAGGAAAUGCUCACGAACGUCACGGUCUCUGAACGACAAUGUGAAAUGGAUAUAAUUACGAAAAUGUGAUCUUCUGUAAUUAUUUGUGCUAAUGUGAACUAUUUUUCAGACCUUGUUAGCAGUUUUGAAAUUCAAAUUGUCCGUAUAACUUUGUUAAUCUAUGUUUGAGAUCUUUCGGUCCCAUUUGUGUCCGAAAGCAUUCGACGGGAUUAGUGCUAUAUCUGCAUGAGGGAUGAGUUUUUAUCGUCUGGUUAUCCCACAUUGUUGCAGGUGAAUAUUCAAUGUUUCACACAAUGUAUGGUAAUAAUAUUGUAUAUUGUGUUCAAUUAAAUCUGAAACUACUUUUCUAUGAAGUGAUUAAAGACAAAGCAUGAAUAUA